AUGCCCAAGCUUGUCCAGCUACAUCCCUCCCGCACCCUGGAGCCUGACACCACGGCUAGCUCACGCCAUGUCGCCCACCUCCACGCUACCGACGGCGUGCGAAGCCAUCGGGGCCCCUCACGUACACACCCGCUCACUGCCAUCCCCACGCUCACGUCUCGGCCUCCCGCAGACGGACACCUGGCAGGAGCACCGGGGGGCUGCCUCUCCGCUGGGAGCUGCGAGGCCACCCGGGCCCAGAGGCGCCGCUGCCCAGCCUGCAGGAGGCGGACAUGCCCGGAUGCCGGCGGGAAGCAGAGCAGAGUGAGCCCCUCCCGUCGCCUCUCUGCUCUUCCCCGCCCCCAGCCCAGUGCCCUGCUCUCUGCAGCCCCGCCGAGCCCCAGGGGCUGGGGCGUGUGGACAGGACCCCCGCCGCCUGGAGCCUCUGGAGACCUCAGGGCUCGCGCCCUGCACCCUUCACUGGGCAGGGCGCCCGGCGUCGAGACCGGAGGCUGGCAGAGAAGCACUGUGUGCUGGCGUCCGCAGCUUUGCCGCAUCUCUCGCCCAGGCACAGCGGUUCUGCCGGAAGCAGCCCAGGCCCUGCAGCGCACGACGCGGGCCCAGCCCCGGACCCAGCGAGCUCCUGCGCAGCCGAGGAAGGAGCAGGAAGAGCUUGUCCAGACAGAGUCGGGGGCCCACGCCCACCACAGGGACCCCGUGCUGGACCAGUGUGUACAGUUCGGGGCGGGCACUUACAGGACUUGGGCUGGAAGAGGACAGGACUUCUCCAGGCCCGGCCGAGUUCGCUUGCCCCUGCGCGCCCCCCACCCCGCCCCGCCCCGCCCCUGCGCGGCUCUGCUCACGCACUUUGCAGAUGUCAACGCGUUCAUGGUACAGCACGUCAUCCGGUUCACCAAGGACCUCCCCCCACCUUCAGGAGGAACACGCUGCCCCCACCCCCACCAACAGAAACGAAAGGAAACAACCUCAGCCCUCUGGGGCGCGGUGCAGGCUGACCCAGCACACCUGUCCUUCCUGCUCCCUCUUGCAGACCCGCAGGUUAGCCAGAGGGAGGAGACUGACCAGGGGCAGCCCCCUCCUGCACUGGCCCUGUGGAGCUACAUCAAAGGCCGGCCCCAGGGAAGGAAGCGGUUAGGGGCCAGUGAGCUCAGCUUGGACACUUCACUGUCCUUUCCUCUGGGAUCCGUGGUCCCUUGGGGUCCACUCCUUCCCUCCCAUCUCAUGCGUUCCAGCACCCGAACAGCUCCUGCGGCGGCCUCCUCUCACUUUUUCCAGACUUUUAUUCAGUGGAGAUGCGAAGUAGUUGCUCACAGCCUGUAUCACGGCAUUCCUGAGACUGAUGGCCUCCUCCCGCUCGCUCCCCCAUCCAACCUCCCUGGACCAGCGGCGUUCGCGGAGUGUUCACGCUCCGCCCUGGGCCUUUGCCCUCCUCUUCACCGGGCCCGUCCUUCCAUUGCUCAUGCCCACGAGGUGAUGCUCAUUCACAGCUUCACGGCCAAAGCCCCCCGCUCAGCAGGCCACCUCCCCCGCCUGAGUGCGCUGCGCCCACUGCUGCCCGCCCUCCACAAGCCGUUCUGCCCAGAGAGGGGUGCUUUAGACUCCAGGACACACCCGCCUCCUAGAAGCUGCUCUCCAUGGCCAGGCCCUCAGAUUCCAAACAGCUGGAGCCCUCGCCAAGUCUGA